CAAACUAAAACCAGGGCGCAUGCUAGUAAACCUUAGUCGGUGCCGAACUUUAAACAACAUAAUGUUUCCCUAGUUUAUUUGUUGGACAUUGUGUUUUCUUUGAGAUGAGACAGAACAAAGGAACGGUUUAGUGUUUUUUUUGGUUUAAUAUCAAAGCAGCACCAGAUGAUGGAACCAGAACUGUUAACUGAGGUUCCUGCUGCGCUGAAGCGGCUGGCCAAGAUGGUGGUGCGGGGUUUUUACGGGGUAGAGCAUGCCUUGGCCCUGGAUGUGCUCAUUCGCAAUCCUUGUGUACGUGAGGAGGACAUGCUGGAGCUCCUCAAGUUUGACCGCAAACAGCUCCGCUCUGUACUCAACACUCUGAAAGCUGACAAGUUUGUCAAGUGUCGUAUGAGAGUGGAGACGGCCCCCGAUGGCAAGACGACGCGGCACAACUACUAUUUCAUCAAUUACAGGGUCCUGGUGAACGUGGUCAAGUACAAACUGGACCACAUGCGACGGCGUAUCGAAACGGAUGAACGCGACUCGACCAACCGUGCCUCAUUCCGAUGCCCCUGCUGCUUCUCCACUUUCACGGAUCUGGAAGCCAACCAGCUGUUUGAUCCCAUGUCAGGUACAUUCCGUUGCACAUUCUGUCAAACGGGGGUGGAAGAGGAUGAGUCGGUGUGUCCCGAUGCCAGGACACUUGUGGCUCGAUUCAAUGAGCAGAUCGAGCCCAUCUUCGGGCUUCUGCGUGAGACCGAAGACGUGAACUUGUCUCAUGACCUGUUGGAGCCCGAGCCGACAGAGAUCCCUGCCCUCAAGCAGAGCCGUGAACGUGCUGCGGCAGCUGGGACCAACGCUGCAAGUGGCCCACACCGGGAAGCCUGGUCCAACAAAGGCUCAGUAUACGCCGACCUUUACACCCAGAAUGUUGUUAUCAAUAUGGAUGAGCAGGAUGACCAGCAGAAGCAUGCUGGUGAGGGCAAAGCACCCAAAGAGAGGCCCAUCUGGUUGACCCAGAGUACAGUGCAGGGUGCUUACAGCGAGACAGAUAUGCUCAAGAACCAGGGAGACAUGACAACUGGGAUCCAGGAUGGAGCAAAUCAUCCUGGAGCUGGGCAGGUUGAUGAAAAUGAAGAGGUGAUGCAGGCUCUGCUCAUCCACGAGAAGCGAGCUGUGGCUGGGGCAGGCGGAGGCGGAGCAAAUGCCGCCGCCAGGGGGCUCACGUCUGCCUCAGCCAACGCCAGUGACUCAGAGAGCGACACCAGUGAAUCCGACGACGAGAUGCCCUCGGCUCCUCUCCCUCAUGCCGCCGCCGCCGCUCCUCACCGGGUGGCAGAGGACGAAGAGGAGGAUGAUGACGAAUUUGAGGAGGUGGGAGACGAGCCAAUGGUGACGGUGGGAGGCCGCCCGUUUUCUUAUCGGGAAGUGAGCCAGAGGCCAGAGCUGGUGGAGCAAAUGUCUGCACAGGAGAAAGACGCCUACAUUGAGAUGGGACAAAACCUCUUUCAAGACAUGUACUUUUGAAUAUGUACUUUUUUUUUUUUUUACUUUUACAUUUACCUUUACCUUGCUGACCCUUUUUUACUCAGCACUAGUUUUCAUGAAGCAUUUCCAUUCAGCAACAUGUUCAUUGCAUGCACAAAAGAGUGUUGCCUCAGAGGUCACUCUCUGUAUAGUAUUCCCUCCCAAGUAUUUUCCACAUCUUGGAAGCUAGCUACCUGCAUUUUGUGCCAAUGUGUUCUUUGUUUGUUUUAUUUUCACUGCAGCUGUUAAACAGAUGCUCACAGCCAGCUGGCUUGUUUCACGAAACAUUUUGCUGGAGUGAUUACCGCUGUUUACCUACGGAUAAAAAUCUGUUAAACUUG